UUUGCGGCGUGCGCCCGAGAGAGAGACCGAACACUUGUUUCUCAAAUUCUUGUUCAGUUGACUUCGAGAAACAGUCGGCAGUACUUGACAGAUAAAAAAAAAAACAAAACAAAAGUAAUAUUGAGUUACCCAGUGCAUUAAUAAGUCGAGGUAAUAAAUAAAGUGAUAGAAUAUCGAGUCGCGUUAAUGAUGGCGUCGAGUAAGGAUGACAAUUCUGAGAGCGUGCAAUUUUUCGAGGGCGUUGAAAAACUCCUCGAGAUUUGGUUCACCAGCACCGAUGGACAGGACAGGAAGCGAGAUCUCCGUGACAUCCCCAGGCACAAGUGGGAGUCUCUUCUCAAGAUUGUACGCUGUGAGAUUAUCAGCUUCUGCAGAAAUGAUCAGGUCGAUGCCUAUGUUCUGAGUGAGAGCAGUAUGUUCGUGGCAAAACGUCGACUGAUCCUCAAAACAUGUGGCACAACAACACCCCUGCAGUGCCUGGAGACACUUCUGGACCUAGUGGAGGAGUACACAGGCUUCGACGAAGUAGAAGAUCUGUUCUAUUCAAGAAAGAAUUAUAAGAGACCGGAGCUGCAGAAUUCACCGCAUCGGGCCUUCGAGGAUGAGGUCGCACUGCUGGACACAAUUUUUCAGGACGGCGAAGCCUAUUGUCUGGGUGAUGUAGACAAUGACUGCUGGUACCUGUACGUUCUGAAUCGAGAGCACAGUGCAUCAAGCCCCCCAGAGCCAGACCAGACACUGGAAGUGCUGAUGACAAAUCUUGAUCCCUCGAUAAUGUCCAUUUUCACGAGAGACGUGUGCUCCUCAGCAUCAGAGGCCACUAAAAAAUCGGGAAUCGAUAAACUCAUUCCGACAAUGAGAAUCGAUGAUUUUCUGUUCGAGCCAUGUGGCUACUCGAUGAAUGGUGUCUCAAAAUCCGGCAACUACAUGACAAUCCACAUAACCCCAGAGCCAGAAUUCUCGUACGUAUCGUUCGAGUCGAACAUCCCCGAGGCAUCCUACACAGAAGUGAUAAAUCGUGUCCUCAACACUUUUAAGCCAGACAAAUUUGUGGUAACAAUAUUUGCUAAUAAGGAAUCAAUAGCUGCUAACAGCCCACGUGAACUAGAGGAGACAGAUUACUUGAAUGUACAUGGGGAAUGGCUGAGAAAUGAUGUGCAGUACUGCAGGUUCAAGAAUUACGACCUAACAUGCGCAUUUUAUUCAAAAUUCCCAAGCUGAUGGUUCACUGAUGGCCCGUCUGUGCUGAAUGUUAAAACCAGCGCAGAUGGGGCACCCCAAUCCCUUAGUCUAGGAAUCGAUAGCACAGGAAUAACUAAACAAUCAGCAGUUUCUCUACUUAAACAGGGAGCCUUGUUGAAGACUGAGACGAAAAUCAUUGAUGCUAACGAUAAUGAUAGAGAUAAGAGUAGAAUAAGUUCAGUAACAGACAACUGCAAUGUCAGGGCUUUUAAUACUGGAAAUUAUUUGAAUAAUGGAAAUAUUGGGGAUUUGGAGGAGAGGUCCAUGAGGUCUUUGUCAUCGCCUCAGUUAUUUCAGAAGCCAGCAAGAUCCAAAGUAUACAGGAAGGCGUCGUUGAAGAGCUCUGGGGUAUCGGCCAAGGGUGAAUCCAGGAGGAAUUCAAUGGGGAGAAUUUGCUGUGGUAAGGCAAGGAGCACGAGGGAGGAAGAGGCAUCUAGAGUUGAUGGGGUUCACAUAAUUUGCAAUCCUCUGGCUACACAGUAUCCUUACUCAACACCCUUUGGAAAGGGAAAGGACGAGGAGAAAGAGGCCAAGUGCAGUCACAGCAGCUGUGGCGGAUUUCUUCCUAUUUUCUCUCUUAUACCUCAGGGUGUCGUCAGUUUACAGUACUUGAGCCCCAGGAUGAAGUUCUCGUGGUGGAGAAAUAAGAUAUCGUGAAGGCACGCUUAAGGGUAGACACUGGUGCUGGGGCAUGUUGUUAGAGAUUCACAUAGCUUUUAUUUUUAUUUUUUAUUGUAUCUAGAACUUGUUACCUCUCCUGCAUUUUUAAUCCAUCGAUUUAACGUGUUUUAUUGUCUUUAUUAAUGUCAAUUAUCGAGUUAUAGAUGAUUGUAAUCCUGUUAUAUCCAUUUUGUGAUUGUCAUUGUACGUCGUACAAUUUUUGUAGUAAAUUGUAGAUUUUAUCGAGAAAAAUGAUAUUAUCUUUCAGCAUCCGGUAUUUCGAUGUACCUUUCUUGUUCGCUUGAUAUUAUUGUCCUCAAUAAAUGAUAUUGGAUAGUGUCGAUCUUGAGUUGAUGAUCAGGAAUAAUAAGAAAAACUGGAAAAUUGGCACGAGAUAAUUGCGUUGAGCGCAGCGUUACAAAUUGUCAUCUUCAUUUGCGUAAUUUUUGUUAAUAAAUAACUCAGGAUCAUUAAUGAUGUUGAGAAAUAAUUAAGAGCGAAUAAUCUCAGUCGAGGCAGGAAUAACUGCUAUUGAUUAGUCAUUCCUGUUUAAUUAAAGAAAUAAAAAAUACCAAAAAAAAAA